AUGUUUAAAAGUGGCAAGUUAAGUUACGCCCUAGUUUGCACUGGGGCGUGCCUCUGCUAUCUGGGAGCCUUGGAGUGCGGGUUUGUCUUCGAUGAUGUGUCUGCUAUUCAAGAAAAUCAAGAUCUGAGGCCGACAACUCCUUGGUCGAACCUACUUGCGAAUGACUUUUGGGGCACGCCGAUGUAUAAAGAGCAUAGCCAUAAAUCAUACAGACCUGUUUCUGUUUUCACGUACAGAAUAAACUACUUGUUGCAUGGGCUGAAUCCGUUCGGAUAUCAUUUGGUGAAUGUCUUCCUACACGCCAUGGUCUGCCUACUUUACAAAAGAACAUGUGAUCUAUUGGUUUCGAAACGCACAGCUCUUCUGGCGGCCAUUUUAUUUGCAUCUCAUCCUCUGCAUACCGAAGCAGUUACCGGAGUUGUAGGAAGGGCAGAAAUCCUCUCUUCAUUUUUCUACUUGCUUGCCUUUCUCUGUUACUACUCAUCAACAACUAAAGGAGCUGCUACAGAAUGGUUUUGGUUUGGCACAAGUUUAAUUUUGACAGCACUUGCAACAUUUUCAAAAGAGCAGGGAAUUACAGUAGUUGGCGUUUGCUGCAUUUAUGAGUUUUUCAUACUUCAAAAGCUGAGACUACCUGACAUAACUUUGAAAAUAGUAUCAGCAAAAAUCCAUUCUAAAGAAGCUAUUCUUAGAAUUGGUAUCAUGAUAUCAUGGGCUGUGUUUCUUUUGACCAUUCGGCUGAAAGUUAUGGGCUCCCAACUGCCGGUGUUUACAAAGUUUGACAACCCGGCUGCUGCUGCAGAGACACCCUCUCGUCAGUUGACCUUCAAUUAUCUUGUAGCUCUCAACAGUUGGUUGUUACUGUUUCCCAGUGACUUGUGCUGCGAUUGGACAAUGGGAAGCGUGCCUCUGGUCAAGUCCUGGGCUGAUCCAAGAAAUCUUGCGACAGUAGCACUCUACGCAACAUUAGCUGCGAUUUUGUGGAACAGUUUAUGGUUGGACGAUGGAAGGUCCAAAUUGUUGAUUAUGAGUCUGUCGUUGUGUGCGUUUCCAUUUUUACCUGCUUCCAACCUCUUCUUCCCUGUUGGAUUUGUUGUGGCUGAGAGGGUUCUUUAUGCUCCAAGUAUGGGAUUCUGCCUGAUAGUCGCCCAGGGUGCUAAUCUCUUAGCAACGCGUCGACCGUCAUUGAUUUGGUGCUGCAUCGGCGUGCUCAUUUGCAUCCAUGCCGCAAAAACUGUUCGCCGAAAUAUUGACUGGCAAAGCGAGUAUUCCCUAUUCCUUUCCGGAUUAAAAGUGAAUCAACGUAAUGCUAAGUUGUACAACAACGUCGGACAUUGCUUAGAAACUCAAGGUGAACAUACCAAUGCCUUAAAAUAUUUUCACACCGCAAUAAGCGUGGAGCCCGAAGAUAUUGGUGCUCAUAUUAAUGUCGGUCGAACUUAUACCCACCUUGGUAUGUAUGAAGAGGCUGAGGAUGCAUUUAAAAAGGCUAAAGAUCUUCUUCCCCGGCCACCUUUUGGGGAAGGUUACGAAGCUCGUGUUGCUCCAAGCCAUUUGAAUGUCUUCCUAAAUUUGGCAAAUCUUAUUUCCAGGAACGGAAAACGUUUGCAUGAAGCGGAUAAGCUUUACCAAGAAGCAAUUCGAAUGAGAUCUGAUUACAUCGAAGCAUACAUUAACCGAGGUGACAUUCUUAUCAAACUAAACAAAACUCAGGAAGCUCAAAAUGUAUAUGAGCAAGCUCUACGAUUAGAUGAUUCAAACGCUGAUAUUCAUUACAACCUGGGAGUUGUUUUCUUGGAACAACACAAAAGAGACAUGGCAAUGAUGUCAUUUGACAAGGCACUUAAAAUAAAUCCGAAUCACGAGCUAGCUCUUCUGAAUUCUGCAAUUCUGAUUCAAGAAACUGGAGGACCAACAAUGAGAAAAAUGGCUUAUGAUAGGUUGCAUAUUUUGUUGGUGUCCGAGAAGGCUAACGAGCGAGUUUAUUUUCACUUGGGCAUGUUGGCAAUGGAUGAGAAGAACUACACAUUGGCCGAAAAGUGGUUUCGGAAAGCAGUUGAACUUAAAAGAGACUUCAGAAGUGCCCUUUUUAAUCUCGCUUUGUUAUUAUCUGAAGCACAAAAACCAGAAGAAGCAUUACCAUUUUUACAACAAUUAAAUAAGUACCAUCCUGAUCAUGUAAAAGGCCUGAUUCUGAUGGGUGACAUAUACAUCAAUACUAUAAAAAAUUUGGAUGAAGCUCAACGGUGCUAUGAAAACAUACUUGAGCAAGAUCCGCACAAUGUGCAGGCAUUGCAUAAUUUAUGCGUGGUGCACGUGGAACGCGGUCUGAUGGAAGAAGCAGAAAAUUGCUUGCAAAGAACUUCUCAGUUAGCCCCUAAAGAACAUUACGUAAAACAACACCUCGAUAUUGUGAGGAAUAAAAUUGAACAGACGCGAUGGAAGCUCAAACAAAAAGCAACGCAGAAAACUGAAAAGAAAACUGCAGACGACUUCAUGGAACUGGGAACAUAAAACAUUCAACAAAACGAUUCUGCAGUCAGAAUAAAUAAGUUAUACUUCGAAAUGCUCACGUCCUAAUUAAUGGAACUUUAUAAAUAAAAACAGCGUGCAACCAAAAUCGACACAAACAUUGUGAGUGCUGAGUAUUUGAAGGAGACUCAUUAAUUAUUUCACAAGAUUAGCGAUAAAAUGAUAAAACAACUGCAAAGGUUUUCGUUUUUGCGUAAUUAACUAAAGCUUUUCACGAUAAUAUCUGAUUUCCCCAAACAAACUUCAUUAAGUAUUGCGAGAGACUUUAUUGUUAGAGUUAUUUACUAAAUGUUUCGCAAGUAAUUCAACCGUCACGACGGAAAAGAACUUCAAGAAGAUCGUCCAGAACUAAUGAAACCAAGUUUUCUCUAAAUUAACAUUUUUCUCUUAGUUUGUAAGAGAGGUUGUAUACGUUUGUUUAUUCAAACGUACAGAGGAAAAAUAAAACAUUUUUAA